AAAUAUGGAAUAUUUCUGUCACUAUGGAUGCUGUUUCCUGUUGUGUUCUAACUUUAAUUAGCAACUUUCGGAACGUGGACGACUUUAUACAGCGCUUUUUCGCUACUUCCAAAGAUGAAUGAUCUUUGUUUAGCGACUUCCGCUACAUUGGCUGAUGUGUCUAGCGCCUGGAUUGCAAGACACAACAUUAUCAGCAUUGGUAUCGGCACCAACUCCGAGGUUGAGUGAUGACAUCAUGGGGGCCUCAGAGCAGAGCAAUCAGACGCCUGAUCCCAGCCCAGGACAGGAAGCAUGUUAUAUCGCCAGCUUGGACCUUGGCACCACCACUCUUCGGUGCUUCAUUUACGAUAAGUUCAUGCGGGUGUGCGGCAGGGCAGAGGAGAAGGUGACCCUCCUCUAUCCCAGUCCUGAACGUGUGGAGAUGGACCCCAAUGAGCUCUGGGAGAAGUUUGUGAAGGUCAUAAAUGCUGCGAUAUCAUUGGCAGGUCUCAAUGCAGGCAACAUUCGCUGCCUUGGCUUGAGCACACAACGGGCCACCUUCAUCACUUGGGACCGCAGAACAGGUGAAACGUUGCAUAACUUCAUCACCUGGAAAGACAUUCGUGCUGAUGCCUUGGUUACGCAGUGGAAUGCCUCUUGGAAGAUGAAGGGGAUCAGAUUUGUCAGUUCGCUCCUUUACAAAAUACUAAGGAAGAAGAGGUACAUGGCUGCCAGUGUUCUCAGAUUUAUGAAUAUUCAGGUGAACAUGAGAUUGAAAUGGGUCCUGGAGAACAAUGAGCGAGUGAAGAAGCUGGUGCAAGAAGGUAACUUAAUGUUCGGUACCAUUGACUGCUGGCUGAUCUACAAGCUGAGUGAGGGCAAGAUACAUGCAACAGACUACUCCAAUGCUAGUGGGACAGCCUUGUAUGAUCCCUUUAUAGAAGACUGGAAUUCCUUCUUCCUAAGCUUAUUGGAUAUCCCUAGGAACAUUUUCCCAGAGCUUCGAAAUUCUGUGGGAGACUGGGGUAUCUGCCCUGCCAAGUUGUUUGGGGCACCUAUACCCAUUACUGUUGUGGUGUCAGAUCAAGGUGCAUCGCUGUGUGGAUCCUGUGGUUUUAAGCGUGGGGAUGUGAAAAUCACUUUAGGGACAGGUGCUUUUCUAAAUGUCAAUACAGGCAGUGAUGCCCAUGCAUCCGUAAAAGGUAUCUAUCCAGUUCACGGUUGGAAGGACGUGGAAGGUUUGGUGCAUAUGGCAGAAGCUUCAUCCAAUGACAACGGAACGGUCAUCGAGUGGGGACAGAUGAUCGGUUUCUAUAAAUCUCCCGCUGAGACAGCAGAGUUGGCAGAGUCUGUGGAAGAUUCAAAAGGGGUGUUCUUCAUCCCAGCCUUUCAGGGGAUACAGGCACCCCUAAAUGAUGCCAAUGCUACGGGGGGCUUCUUAGGCCUCAGUGCCGAUACCAACAAGGCCCACCUCGUCCGAGCCAUGCUAGAGUCCCUCGGUUUCCGAAUAUACCAGAUGUACAGUGCCAUGCUUAACGAAGCGGACUAUGAACUACUAAGCUUAAGGGUGGAUGGGGGUGUUGCGCAGAAUGACUUCCUGCUUCAGAUGAUCGCUACGCUCACAGGGAAGACUCUUGAGAGACCGACGUCCACCGACGUGUCUGCUUUAGGCUGUGCUUUUCUUGCAGGAAUGGGAGCAGAGUGGGAGAGAGCUCUGCAGCGCUUCACAAAAUGGCACAAUAAUAGCAGCUCAGAGAAUGGUGUAAAGUACGAGGGUAGGAAGUUAGCUGUGGACAGUGGAGAAGCCGACCCCUGCUACAAGGGUCACAGAGGCAGGUACUUCAGCAGUGAAUGCAAUGCAUCUAUCCUUCACCAGGAGAAGAGCCAAGAGGAUGGAGUUUUUCUUCUCCAUGGUGGUAUCAUGAAUAGAUGCAGCGUCUUUGUCUGUGGUGCGCUGCUCAUCCUCUUUCUUAGUCUCGUUCUGUAUGGGUAACAUCAGGUUCAGACUGUCGGACUGGGUGAUGUUUUUUUAUUCUUGAGAUUUUAUUAGAAAUUUUCACACACACACACAUGCGCACGACCACAUACACACAAACACACAGACACACAGACACACACACACACACACAAACACACAGACACACA